AUGAAUAACAAAAAUGUGCCCACAGGACUUCAUUAUGUAUAUUCUCCUCAAGUGUAGAUGAGGAGUCUGGCAUCACUUAAAAUAAUAGCUCCAUUGUGCAUUGUAUUAGCAUUGUGUAGUGUUGUUAUAGGAUUCAUCUGGUAUGCCUUUAAUGGCUUGACUGAAUUCUUGAUAAUAGGAAUCAAUAAUAUAGCAGUUUUAUUCACAUGCAUAUUUUCUCUGUACUGGAGUCUUACAUCCAAAGCUAUUGGUAAUGAAGUCAUGGAUUCUCCAGAUGGAUAUCAUAAUAACACCAUACCAUACCUUCAUUCCCUAUUUACUUAAUUGGUUUGUGCCAUUGAGAGUGGACUUGUGUUGAGUUUGAUCGAAUACGAUUCCUACAAUCAAUUUUUAUUAGUUUUGCCAAUCUAGAUACUUGAAAUAUUUCUAUUAUUAUACAUGGCAAAUGUGAGUCGACAAUUCAACAUUAGAGAAUACGGUAUCCAAAGAUUAGUUGUUUAUGGAACAUCUGUUGUAAAUCUUUUAUUUUUGAUAUUUGCCUCAUUCAGUCUUAAAUAAGUUAUGCUAUAAAUAAACUCAUAACUCUAUUAAAUCUCAACAACUAAUGUAGAAAUAACUCUAGUCAAAUUAGUUUUAUUUGUUUUAUUUAUCACAACGUUGAUUGUUGCUAUGUUCAAUUUAAAAAGAAUCAAAAUUUACUUUGUGACACUUGCAUUUCUUAUCUUAAGUAUUUGUAUUUUAGCAUGUUGUAUUAAUGGUUUACUUGUUAGAAGAGUACAAGAAUUGGAAGUUGAACUUUCAACAAACUAAGGUUGUAAGUUUGCAAUGUAAUCCAUUUCGGAGAAGAGCUUAAAUGAUUAGUUGGAGUGUUCAGAAAAGUAUUUUGACUUAGAAUUAUCACCAUAUCUUCCAUGUGAAUAGGAUGUGUAAAGCUAUUAAUGGGAAGGCAAUGCAAAAAAUAAUAAAUUGGGAUGCAUUAAUUUGAAAUGUUGUAAUUCUGUCAAAGAAUAUGUCUUUAAUCCAAUCAAUAGUCUAACCAUAUGGCUUAACCUUAUAAUUAUGGUUGGAAUUGUAUAAUCUUUUAACACUGCAAUGUUAUCUGAAGGAUCAUACAAGAAAUUUAGAAUGCAUGUAGUAGGAGAUGCAAUGGUUUUCAUCAUCCUUGUUCUCUUAGCAAUCUUAGUAGUUGUGGCGUAUAACAUUACCCCUGAAUUAUCUGUAAAUGUCCAGCAUUCACUUGUCAAAUAGGAAGCCAUGUUGAAUGAGAUCACAGUUCUGCCAACACCCAUCUACAAGAAUUUCGACAAAUAAGAAAAAUUGGUUGGGUUUUACAAUCUAUAAAGUUGCGAACCUAUAUCUUCAGUUAUGAUCCAAAAGAUCGCAUUUAAAUCCACAGAAAAUUUGAAGGGAAUUACUCUAGCCAUAUCUGGAACUAAUGGAUAAUUUGUUGCUUUAAAAGAAUUCAACAAUGAGAAACUAAAAAUAAUCAUAGAUGAUGAAAUAACCAAAGCCAUAUUCUCAUCAUUGACUCAACCCUUUGAUGCCAUUAUUAUUUAAGGAGAUUUGGAGGAGGCUGAAAAAUUCUUUAAUAAUAAUCUCCAUUAUUGUUCAGAUAAUCCACUUAGUGCAGAUUUCGAUUUCAUUAUUGAAUAUUAUGAAAUUCCUUAAUAACAUAAUAGAAUGUUGUAAGCUUUAAGCAAGGAACAGUAACAGGUAGGAGAUUAAGCAUUUUAAUUCUACAAUGUUUAAAUCACAAUUGAAAAUUCUGCUGAUUUUACACCUAUUGCUGACACCCUUGUUGAAGUCUAUGAAGGUAAAUUCUUAUCAUAAUCAUGCCAAAUUAUACGACAAUUAGAAAACAACUUGCAUGAACUAAAAACAGAUGAGCAAGGAAAUGUAGUGGUUAACAACUUGAGUUAAGGAUACUCAUACACAGUUUUAGUCUAUAAAUCAGGGUUUAAGAAAUCAUGUUCUGUUCUUGAUCUCUAGAGAAGAGUGCCAAAAACCAAAUAUGUAUUUAGGUUAACAAAGAGCAUACCUAAACAUUCAGUCCGUAUAUUAUUGGAAUGGACAUCAAAGAAUCUCAAUCUUGAUUUAUAUGGUGUGUUUAAAGUGGGAGAACACCCUUGUUUAACUGGAGCCCUAUCUAAAUCAUGUGGAGGAAUGUAAUUGACAACUUUUUCUAAAAACGAUCAACAUAUAGAAGUGCUUGAUAUCUAUCAAUUAGAGCCAUAAGUCUAUACAAUAUUUGUGAAAAGAUUUCUGACUAGGAAUGAAGCUUUAGAUCUUUUAACGAAUUCAGUGGUUAGCUAACAAUGGAUUGAUGCAGAUCCUCAUAUAACUGUAUAUUUGAGUGAAUUAAACUACCCUUUAAUUGAAUUCAGAUUACCCUAAAAUAUCAAUCUUCAAAUGGAUAAAUUAGAUUUAACUUGGAUGGUCUUCAAAAUUGAUGGACAAUAAUCAGAUGCUCCAUAGACUUUACAAAAGAUGGAAUCUCUAAUUACAAACGAUGAAAUAAGGACGAACACUGCAUCAAACAAGCCUUUCUGGCCAGAAAUUUGA